CUUCGCGCUAAAUGUCAUUUUCAUGCUGACGAACGUCAUCGAAGUCCACAUUGAUAAUCAGCGGAACGCAAGUGUGCAGAAAGUCAAAAAGUUGUGGUUAAGAUAGAAAAUAAGUUCCCUUUGGUGUUCGAAACGAAAGAACGACAGUAUAAAAAAGAAGAAGAAGAGAAGAAAAAGAGAGAAAGAAAGAAGAAAAAAAACACCACACAAAGAGCGGAAUCGGUGAAGUAAGAGAGUGUGUGAGUGGAAGAGAAAGAAAAACGUCAACUAAUUAAGGACAAGUUGCAGAGCGCGAGUGAACAUCAAUAAUGGCGGAUUUGGAUGAUUUUUUCGCGAAAAAAGAUCGCAAAAAGACAAAAUCCAAGAAAUUUGCAACACCCGAUGAAUUUGUGAAAAAAUUGGAAGACACCACAAAGCGAAAUGAAGUAGUGAAACCGCGCAAAGAACCACAGUCAACACAGCAGUCAGAUGGUGGUGUGGAAACCGAGAGCGGCGAACAAUUGCAUGCACCCGAAGAGGACGAAUGGAGAGAUUUCGCAGAAGCAGAACGUAAUGUAGAUUAUACGGGCCUUAAAAUUCAGAAUGUACAAUUGAACGAUGAUGAUUAUUCGGGUUCGGAUGGUGAAGGCAGCGAUGGAGACGGUGAAGAUGGCGAUGGUGACAAGGGUGCAUGGAAAAAGGUGUCGGGUGGUGGUGCCGAAGGCAAAGCAAAUAGUCAAGCCGAAAAAGAAAGCUCGAAAUCACAGAAGGCUGCAUCCGGUUUGGCUGCAUCGUCAACGGGUAGGUACGUUAGUCCGGCACUUAGGGCACCAUCGUUGAUGCCGAUGCGCCUAAAAAGGGACGCGUUGCCCGAUAUCAACAACGAAGAAUACUUCCCAACGCUGGGCGAUGCGAAAAAAGAGGAGCUUCGAAAAAAGAAGAACGAACCAGCCUUCGAAGAGGUAAAAUCAGGUGCACGCUUCCAACGAGAAUCCGACCUUUCAACAAACGCACCAGUCUCUAUAGGAAAUCGUUACACUUCAUUAGCCGAUAGCUAGAAAUUAUAUAUCAAAAUAUCAAAUGAUUUUUUUUUUUCGUUUUAUUACACUUUGAAAAAGAAUUAAACAAAAUGAAACAACAAGGGAAAAACAAUUAAAUACAUAGUAAAAAUUAUGGUAAAAAAGAUCACGAAAGCAAACAGUAAAAAUUCAAUUGAAUUCAAUAAUAAAAUGAAAAGAAACGAAUAGGAAUGCCACAAAAAUCUAUAUACAAAAUGAAAACAAAACAAAAAACAGAAAACAAAAAAAACAAAGCAAUGAAAUGAACAAAUGAACCAUUUUCUUGUAAUCUUUUUGAGAGAAAUUCAUCUUUUUAUUUUGUACGAAAAAUGGAAUUUCAAAUUUCAUGGUCUGUGUUUCCACCUGAAAUGUUAAUAAAUCAUUGAAUAAUUAUUACUGAAAAUCAUGUUAAUCUUACAAUUUUUGAACUCAACCAUGAAAUGAAGCAAAACUAAACCAAUACUGUGUAAAAAAAAAAAGAAGAAUCAAUCACCAGCAGCUGAAUAAGUUAAAACUGCACGGAGUCCCAAAUCAACGAUAUCGCUUAUCGAAUGAAAUUUUCUAGUUAAUUUUAUGUGUGUUUUGGGAUAAAAAAAACUAAAAACUUUUUAAGAUAUAACAAUUAAUUCAA